AUGGGAAGUUCCACACCUUAUCUUGUAGUUGAGAACAAGAAGUUUAAAGAGGAAAACUUUUUGAAGCUUCAAGAUACAUUCACGAAGCAAAAUUUCUCCGAUGGAAAGAAAAAUGCAAAUUCCAAGGCUAGUUGCAGAAUUGCUAAGGGUGGAAAUGCUUCUGCUGGUUCUAACACAUACAAAAUCGCGAAUAGAGGGAUUGCUGUCCAUCAUUCAGGCCUGCUCCCCAUUAUCAAGGAACUCGUGGAACUACUUUUCCAAGAAGAACUAGUUAAGGCUCUUUUUGCCACGGAGACGUUCACCAUGGGGUUGAAUAUGCCUGCAAAAACUGUUGUUUUCUCAAGUGUCAAAAAAUGGGAUGGUGAUAGUCAUCGUUAUAUUGGAUAUGUGGAGUAUAUCCAGAUGAGUGGUAGAGCUGGGCGUCCUGGUAAAGAUGAGAUGGGUUUUUGUUUUAUAAUGGUGGACGAUAAAAUGGAGAUGAAUACCCUUAAGGACAUGGUUUUAGGCAAGCCUGCACCAUUGCUCAGUACUUUCAGGUUGAGCUACUACUCAAUUCUGAAUUUAAUGAGUCGUGCCGAGGGACAAUUUACAGCUGAGCAUGUCAUUAGAAAUUCCUUCCAUCAAUGUCAGCAUGAGAAGACAUUACCUGAGAUUGCGAAAAAGGUGGCACUGCUCGAAGAGGAAGCUGCUGUACUUGAGUUGAAAGGACGGGCAGCUUGCCUGAUAGAUACCGGGGAUGGGCUACUUGUCACAGAAUUGAUGUUCAAAGGCACCUUCAAUGAUCUUGACCAUCAUCAAGUUGCAUCUUUGGGUGCUAAAAAAAUAGCAAAGAUACAACGGAAGUGUAAACUAGAAAUCAAUGUGGAUGAAUAUGUUAAGGCGUCUGUUAGACCAUUCUUGAUGGAUGUGAUUUACUGUUGGUCAAAGGGAGCAACUUUUGCAGAAGUUGUUGAAAUGACAGAUAUUUCUGAAGGUAGUAUCAUACUAGCCGCGAGAAGGCUCGAUGAAUUUCUAAACCAGCCGAAAGGUGCUGCGCAUACCGGGGAAGUUGGUUUGGAGGAAAAUUUUGCGGCAGCAAGUAAAAGCCUUCGUCGAGGUAUAAUGUUUGCAAAUUCUGUGAAGUAG